AUGCCACAGUACUUAUUUGCAGGAAUCUUUGAAUGCCAAAAUGGUGCGCAAGGACCCGCAGAGAUCAAACAAAACCUGAUCGACCUGAACAAGUCGGACUUUGUGCCCAGAAGGUUAUCAACAUUUAUGAAGAAUGGGUACAUGAUCCCGGACUGCAUCGAGGAGAUUCCAUUUGAUUCCAUUUGGAACCAUCCUCUCCGGGUAAAAGUCCAUGUUUUGCAGAAUUGCAAGUGUCCUGAAGGUACCAAACCACUUCUGAUAUUUGCUGGAGAUGCUUUUGAAAUGAGUGAAGACUACAGACGGCUGAAAAGUCUGCUCAUUGAUUUCUUUCAAGGACCCGCUAUUACUGGGGUUCGUCUGGCUGGUCUAGAGCAUGUCUUGCAUUUCAUAGCAGUUGAUGGGAAAGCUACAAGUAAGGUUUAUAUUUUUACUGCUUGCUUGCCAGUGUCUGGGGAAUACAGAGGAAAAAAAAUUAAAAACAUGUUUUUCUCUUUUAGGGUGCUAAUGAAGAAAUCUGGAUGCAGGACACCAAGAAUUGAACUUGAAGAAAUAGGACCCUCGUUUGACUUUAUGGUCAGGAGGACUCAUCUGGCUUCUGAUGACUUGGAUAGAUUUUUCCUCAAACAACCCAAAGUCCUUAAAGCAAAGAAGAAAAAGAACAUAUCUCAUGAUGCUUUUGGUACCAAGUUUGGGCGCAUCCAUACGCAAAAGCAAGAUCUUAGUAAACUGCAGAUAAGAAAAAUGAUAGGCUUGAAAAAGAGAGAGACAGACAUAAUGGAAGCAGAAGGCGAACAUAUAACAAACACAAAGAAAGCUAAGCAGAAUUAGUGCCACCAAAGCUGGAAUGCUGCAGUGUUUGUGAACUAGUUAUGGCAGGAUCAGGCCAUGCUAAAAGACUGCUGCUUUUGGCGAUUGCUUCCUGUUAAAAAUUUGUGCUAUUUGUACAACCAGACAUCGAAAAGCUGGACUUAUGUACUGUAUCCAAUAAGGUUAAAAGAUUUUUAGGUCCAACCAUAAAGUACAUUUCAUUUUGUAUCUGGUGUCACAAAGAUUGGGAAGUGUUAUAGAAAGAAAUAUUGCAGCUGUGCCACAUCACGUACUUCUGUUUGCUGCAUUAAUACAAACUUAUGUAUAUGCAGCUCCAGGUUUUUGCAAGACUCUUCAUUAUUCCCCUUUAUUUUCUAUGAUGGCUGUGAAAACUAAGAA